AUGUCAAAUAUUGGAACCUCGUUGGGCUCGCCAAUUUCAUCAGGCAAUGACUCUGUGGACUUGAAGUUUCUCUGCUGGCUAUCUUUCAAGAUUGCCCAGAAGCUUGUCUACAACAUGUUGCCCUCUGUUCCUCGAUUUCGGAAACUGCAUUAUCGACAUCAAAUCAGCGAUUUGACUCGCUUCCUCGAGCCCAUGGCCCAGUGA